UCACGACAGGAAGGGAAAGGGGCGGUUGCUUGUUGACCAAGAGUUGGUUUCUUCGCUCUGACAGGGUACAAAAGUGGGAAAAUACUGCAAUAUAACCUUCGAAUUUUAAGAUUUGAGGUGCCGAGCAGUCUUUCCAACAUGUCAAAGACGAAAGAAAAACAGUUAGGUCUUCAUAAAGUUAUAAUGGUUGGGAGUGGUGGCGUUGGUAAAUCGGCCUUGACUUUGCAGUUCAUGUACGAAGAGUUUGUAGAGGACUACGAACCAACAAAGGCAGACAGCUAUCGUAAAAAGGUGAUCUUAGACGGAGAUGAAUGUCAAAUUGAUAUUUUAGAUACCGCAGGACAAGAGGACUAUGCUGCAAUUCGAGACAACUACUUUCGAAGCGGUGAAGGAUUUCUUUGUGUCUUCUCAAUAACCGAGCAAGAAUCAUUUGCUGCCACCACAGAAUUUCGAGAACAAAUUCUCCGAGUAAAAUCAGGGAACGAUAGCAUACCAUUCCUUUUAGUGGGAAACAAAGCAGAUUUAACAGACAAACGCCAAGUUACAAGCGAGGAGGCGCUUGAAAAAGCUCAGGAAUGGAAAGUACCUUAUGUGGAAACUUCAGCAAAAACUCGAGCAAACGUUGACAAAGUGUUUUUUGAUUUGAUGAGAGAAAUUAAAUCAAGAAAGAUGGACGAUGGUUCAAAGGAUGCUGGGAAGAGAAAGAAGAAGAAGGGGAAGAAAUGUGUGAUAUUGUGAAACAAAAAGUCUGAGUGGGAUUCGCAUUUAGAAAUUUUUUACACUAUAGUCUACCCUCAAAUGAAAAAAAAUUCUCAUUUGGAAAAUAGCACAAGUAUCUACAAAUUCUAGUUUUUUAUUUAAGCUCCAUUAUUAAUUCUAGUAAACAAUGCACAAAAAUUGAGUAGGUUAGCUCAAUGAAUUUUGCAAUGUAUAUUUUAUGCUGUUUUAAUGUUCACUUAGGUGGAUCAUCUGCAAAAUGGCAAACUGGUUAUUCGAUGUUAGACUCAUAACUUUGGCUUCUUUCAAGCAAUUUGACUAAAAGCUGACCUACCUCUAAAGGGAUUAUUUACCUAUACUAUGAUAUAUUUGGAUUACUUUUUCUGCAAGUAAUUAGUUAUUUAUGUACUUAUUAACUAAUGCCAUGUUAUCACAAAAACUUGAUUUUUCAGAAAAUUGGUCCAUUUUAUAUUAAAAAUUUUAGGAUCUUUUUAUAUGAAACACAAUCUGGGCAAGCUUUAAAUCAAAUAACCAAUUUGACAUUUUGCAGAUGAUGAUUCACUUUAAAAACAACUCAUGAAAAUUCUUUAUGUAAUAAUAUAGCCAUUAUCAAAUGAGCAAGAAAGAAAAAGGGAUGACAUUGGCAAAUGUUAUUUAAACUUUACAUAGACACAGGUAGCCCAACAACAUAAUUGUUAAAAGUAAUUGUUGGUCAAAAGAUCCAUGCCAAGAUAUGUGGUACUCAUGAAAA